AUGAUCCGGGUUUUGUGUCUCUACAGAAAUAGGACAAACCGCCCAAAACUAUAUCGCCGACUCGGGAACUCGAAGACGGGUGUUGGUGAGACACCCGGAGAAAAUGAGUCGUGUAGACGACACGUCAUAUCCGUCAAAACCCACAAAACACCACCGGGCGACUUACGGUUCGGGCGUCAGGGCGGACGCAAAACCGCACACGUAGGCAGCAGCCGGCCGCGGUCGAGCACGCACACAGCAGCCGGCCACGGCGAUAUUACAGGCGAGCCGAAAGAUCCGGCCGCGGACCCCGAGACACGGCCAAGCCGCAUCUCGUUUUCGGUACACGGGUGUUGGUGGUCGGUGUCGGUGUGGUAG